AUGCAACCCGGCGACGCAAUUGCGACUAUCAUUAAAAGGAUCCUAACUUUGGAACCAGAGCACGCUUUGAAAAUCAUUGGCUAUAUUCUGUUUCAGGACUUUGGACACACUGAAUUGAUUCGACUUGCUUUUUGCCCUGCAUUGCAUUACAAGUCUUCCCCAAGAAAUGAGUUCUUGGACUUCUCCAGAAACCCUUACCCUUUGUAUCCUUCGUUAACUGGGAAUACAUUAGGAUAUUACCCUAACUUUCAUGACGGUUCGUCGCAACAACAACAAUGGAGUAACCAUUUUCCAAUUCCCAGAUUUUGGGUACCCGAUUAUCAGUUUCCACCAGGCGGUUUAGCUCUUCCUCCUAGUGUUUUUGGUCCUCCCAGUGAGAGAAUAUCUCCAAAUCAGCAACAAAGAAUGAUUGCUACUCAUGGCUCUCCAGUGUCGAACAUACAAGGAUCAGGACAAUUUGGAAUAGAAGGUGGUUUUGGGUCGCCGAGUGAGCAACAACGAAUGAUUGCUCCUCAGUUCAUGGGGGAUUUUGGCUCUCGAAUGUCGAACAUCUCCUUCACUGAUCAACACGUCUCAACUUAUUUCGGCAAUUUUGGACCUGUGCUAAGCGUAAGGAUUCCAAAUCAGAAGGAACAGGUGUAUGGGUUUGUCUCUUUCGCUAAUGCUGAAACCGUGACAACCAUAUUGGAUCAAGAAAAUCCUCAUCUCAUCGGUGAAUCACCUGUGAACGUGACAGCGGCAGCAACUACAGCAGGUGUUGGUUGGAGAGAACCUUUUUCUGUCGGGAAUGGACCCAAAGGAGCGAUGUCGCGACCAAGGAGGUUUCGAAACGAGACACAUGAGAUGCUGCAAAGAAACACCGAGCAAGCUGAUCCACAACAAGCCAUAGAAGUAGAAGACCAAAUAAGAAGGUUAUCGAAUCUGCAAUUGCCUGGCAUGGAGAAUAAAUCUAUUCACCAUCAUCAGCCUAGUCCUUCUAUUGGUUCUCACGCUCAUUUCCCAUCUCAAGUCAGGGAAGGCGGUAGUGGUACAGGUGAGAAAGAUCUUGAACAAGUAGAAACCAGCAACGAAGAACAUCAAGGGCAAGAGAAGAGUCUGGAGAAUACUCUUCCUGAUAGUUCGUUUGGUUCCACAAAAGAAUCCGGCGAAACCCGUCAAACCGAGUCUGAUAUAGAGGAGACUAAGAAGGCCUCACUAGAUCAAUCAGCCUAGUAUGG